AUGUCUACCAUCGACAGCAGCGCACCCCUACUCACACGCCUGACAACAACAUCUAUGCCGUCAACUAGCAACCCAUCUCCUAUACUGUCUGCCUCCAGUAAACGCACAAUAUGGCCCUUGGUACUUCUUCUCAUCUUGGUGCAGCUUUCGUCGGUUCUAUAUACACUGCCUCUCAACCGAGUGAUAGAGCUACGAUUGUGUCAAGAGCACUAUGAAGCGAAUGAUCCAUCGGUGAUACAGCCAGACGGGACAAUACCGGAGAUGCUAUGUAAAGUCAAGGAUGUUCAACGGGGGCUUGCAUGGUUACAGGGGAGCAUGGAGACGAUGAGUGUUGUAUGUGAUUUUAUCGUCACUAUACCUUUUAGCUUCAUGGCCAAGAAAUGGGGUGUUAGGACAGUGCUGUGGUUCAAUCUUGUUCCUAGGGUAGUCAUGAGUGUCUGGACUGUUAUUGUUGGACACUUUCCACUCCUCUUGCCUACCAAGGCCAUUCUUGCAAGUCCGAUCUUCAACGUCUUGGGAGGUGAGUGUGUCUUUCAGUCAACAAUAUUUACACUUACUUCGGGCUUGACGAGUGAGUAUGUUCAAAGAGCAUCAUACUUCUCCUACAUCAGCUCAACCUCUUAUAUCGUCUCCUUCAUGGGCCCAACUUUUGCCGCUUUCACCAUGAGCGCCAACCUCUGGCUGCCCUUCUGGCUCAAUAUCUUUCUCCUGCUCUGCGCCAUACCAACGAUAAGUCUACUUCCAAAAACCUCGAAAUUCUCAAAAUACACCAUAUCGGCCCACGAGACUACACCUAACGAAAAUACGGAGGAAUCAGGACCCUUGAUCGGAAGCAGAAACACCAGUCCAGAUAGAUAUGCCUCCGCAUUCCAAGCACCACCCUCUAGCACCUACUACCAAAGUAUCAAAACAACCAUAGAACAAUUGGUUCAUCUAGUGCUUGGACGACGAAGCUUCCAAAUCCUGCUACUGACCUUGUUCCUUACGGCACUGGCUAGUUCAGACACAAAACUCUUGGUCCAGUAUAUUUCCAAACGCUACAAUUGGACUUUUGCACAGGCAGGCUACUUGCUCUCAGCCAAGGCAUUGGUGAACCUCACGUUGCUCGCAGUAGUCGUUCCACGUAUCAUUCGUAAAUCCAUGUCAUCGAGAGUCGUUCAGGGUUCUGAUGUGCGACUGAACAUUCUGGGAGCAGAUGUUAGUAUUGCGGUCUCGGUGGUGGGUGUGCUAUGUAUCGCAUUAGCGGGGAGAUUUUGGAUGUUAUUUACUGCGCUCAUCAUCUACGCACUCGGAUCAGCUCUACCGGUGUUUACCAUGUCCUUGAUCAAGUCGUCGUUGAUCGCCAUUGAAGGCUCUGAUGCUCAAGACUUCAGUAUCGUCAUGUUGACCAAGACACUCGGGUCUUUGGUUGGCGCGCCGUUGAUGACAGUUUUGUGGGUCAAGGCGAUCGAAUGGGGAGGCAUUGGACUGGGAUUGCCAUAUCUCACAUCUUCAUGUUUAUACAUGUCUGCAUUUAUCGUAUUCUCACGCUUACAAACUUGA